AUGACACUGGACUUCGAAUCAAUCUCCACCGAUGCUCAUAUGAAGGAGGAGGAAGAGGAAGAGUACGAUGAAGAAGAGCUGAUGGAUGAGGAAUUCGAUGAAGAGGAAGAAAUCGAAGAAGAUGCUUCCGAAGAACUAGAGAACAGUGAUAGCUCAUCGUCCCUUGUCGCCGGCUCCCCACACGGAUCCUCAUCAGGUUCCAAUUCCAGUCACUCCCCAUCCCUCCAAGAUAGCCCCUCUCAUGGAUCCUCUGGAUCUUCCCCAAGUCAAGGAUCCAAUGCCCCGGAGAAAAGACACAUUUGCUCCAUUUGCAAUAAGGGAUUCUCAUAUUUUUCGAUUCUGGAGUCCCAUAAACGAUCACACACCGGUGAAAAACCCUAUAAAUGCCACUAUAAUUGUCCCAAGAGGUUCGCCCAAAAAGCCACACUUCAAGUACACGAAAGGACCCAUACUGGAGAGAGACCGUACAAAUGCAGAUACUGUCCGAAGACAUUUGCACAGUAUGGUACUAAGACGGUGCAUGAGAAGAGCGCUCAUUUGGGAAUUAGGAAUUAUAAAUGCCCAAAAUGUGGAAAGUUACUGUCAUCGCCAUCAGCACUGUAUACACAUAAGAAAACACAUGGGGAUAAGAUUUUUAGAGUGCACGUUCGAACCCAUACUGGAGAACGUCCGUACAUUUGCAAAUUCUGCCCAAAAUCGUUUGCAAGCCAGGGAAAUUUGCAGUCCCAUGAGAGAACCCAUACUGGGGAGCGUCCAUACUCUUGUCAAUUCUGCCCAAGGACUUUUAUUCAGAAAUCCCAACUAACCGCCCAUGAAGCCACUCACUUAACCAAUAAACAAGCAAAUUCUGAAUCAAAUAUCUUACAACCGGCUGCUCCGGAACAAACCGGAAGCUACGAAUGCACCUUGUGCCAUAAGAAGUAUCCAUAUGCCAGCAGUUUGUAUAUUCAUAUGAGGAAACAUUCAGGAGAUAGUAAACCAGGAUUCAGUUGUGAAGGGUGUGGCAAGCCAUACAACCAGAAAACGAGCUUGAGCAUCCAUCAAGAUCAAUGUGACGCUUUUAAAAAUUGGUUGAAAUUAGACAAAAUGAGAAUUGAGAGUGCAGAGAAUGUCACCUCCUUCCCACAUAACUGCGAAGGCUGUGGUACCUCGUGUGUCCAACCAAUCAGCCUUAGAAUCCACCUGGAUCAAUGCGAAGCUUAUAAAAACUUGAUCCGAAUGAGAAUGGCUAUCCAAAACCAAAAUUUGAAUCCUCUUCUCAACAGUGACUCGGAGUCAGAUACGGAAAUGAAGAUUUGUCCGUUGCCGAACCCACCACUGACCCUUCCCAACCAUCAGAUUCCACCACCAGUCAAUAUCUACGCUCAACAGGCACCUGUCACAUCAUUGGGAUCUAUUCUGGGAAGUGCCACCUUGACACCAUCCUCAUUGGGCUUCAGUCUACCACCACUGACGUCAUCGCAGAAUGUGUUCAACUCGUUGAAUGCUCAUGCUCCCUAUACACCAGUUGAGCUCGCCAAAUCUGCUGACUUCGGACCCCUUGCCGCUUCCAAACCUCCACCAUCCAUCCAACCAUCUGAAGCCAUUUCGGCGUUCCAUACACCAGCACGGAAGAUUCCAGAAUCUCCAACGUCUUCUCUCCUCUCAACUACCCCAGGCUCACUGGGCUCAUUGUCUUCAAGUAUUCUAUCUACUCAACUUCUUCUUCAACAAUUCCAAUCCCCUGACUUCAAUUAUCUUCUCAAUACCAAUUUGUUAUCAUCACUGGCUGCUGGGCUGAAUCUUCCAACACCACAGACCCCAUCAAGUUCUCAACCAUCGUUCCUAUUGGCUCCCAACCCAAAUGUGGUCACUGUCCAGUCUAUUGUUUGA